AUGAAGAAAUUUCUUGUGUUGUUCUGUCUAGUUGGUUUGGUGGUGAGCUCUUCAGCACAGGAGCACCACGAGGAGGACAUCGCACAGGAACUCUCUGACGACAGUGUUGAAGAGCAUCUCGAUCUCCCGUUAAACAGCCAAGAGUCAGACGACAGCGCGGACGAUCGGGAACUGGGCAAGCGAAGCGGCGGAGCCCUUCCUCCUCCAGUCAAGAAGGCGCCUCCUCCUAAAAAGGUCGUGUACCGAGCAGCACCGAAGAAAGCUGCACCGAUCCUGCGGCCGGCUCCGAAGCAGAUUGCCUCCGUCAGCUAUCUUCCGUCGGCACCAAAAAAAUCGGUUCCUCGCAAGCUGCAACAAGCGAACGAGGAAGCCGAUGAUCUCGAACAUGCCGACGAAGCCGAAGAUCUCGAACAUGCCGACGAGGCCGAAGAUCUCGAACAUGCCGACGAGGCCGAAGAUCUCGAACAUGCCGACGAGGCCGAAGAUCUCGAACAUUCCGACGAGGCCGGAGAUGCUGCGGAUGAACGUAGUCUUGGAGGGAACAAGAGGGGAGGUGCUCCUGUUCCCAUCAAGGCACCCCCCCCAAAGAAAGUGGCCGCACCCGUAUACCUGGGGAAGAAAGGUGGCUUUUAUGGAGGCGGUUACUACAGGCGCCUCUCGGAAGAAGAUUCUGAACCGCUUCUCGGCGGGUAUGAGUCUGGCGAACUAGAAGAGCUCAACAACGAAGCCUCUUUCGAGGAACUUGACGAGGAGGAGCAAGACUCUUCCGCGGAGCGCGCGCUCGGGAAACGAGGAAUGGGUGCGCCCAUUCCCGUUAAGGCCCCUCUGCCGCCUGCCAAGAAAAUUGCUCGUCCACUCCCCAAGAAAGUGAUCCGCCCAGCACCCAAAAAGGUCGUCCGUGCUGCCCCUAAGAAAAUCAUCCGUGCCGCCCCGAAGAAAAUCGUGCGUGCCGCCCCGAAGAAAGUGAUCCCUGCUUCGUCAAAGAACGGUGGCUACUACAGACGCCUGCAGGCGGAAGACACCGAUGACGAAGCUGGUGCGUCCUCUGAGUUUCACGGAGAAAACGAAUCUGACAGUGCAGAGCAUGACGAAAACGAAAGUGCCGAGCUUCGCGAAGAUCUCGAAGCCGAGAACCCGGAAUUGGCCGAAGAUAGUGAAGCCGAAAGUGACGAGAAAGAUGGUUCUGCAGAGGAUCGUUUCCUUGGGGGCAGAAAGCGUGGAGGGGGUGCCCCCAUGCCGCUGCCAAAGAAACUUCCGCCGCCGAAAAAGCUUCCCGCCCCUAAGAAGAUCUACACCUCGAAACCUAUUGUCUACCGCUACAGCAAAAAGCUGUGA